GAAUAGUCAUGGUUUAAGUGAUGGCACUGCAGGGUCGAUUUCUGUUUUUGAUCAUCUUCCCAGGGAAAUGUGUUGCACAGAAAAGAAUAAUUGCUCUGCAUAAGCUAAGACGUUUGAUGGAGGGGUACUCUGGCCCAUCGGUCGACACUCCACACUCUAGCCUUCUUCGCCCAUGAUAAGUCAGAUAGGAGUAACGAGAGUGGGAAAGAGGAGUCAACUUCUUCCAUCUUUCAUAUGGGCGUGCACAAGAGCAUCAAAAUCUUCAACGAUGUCAAAGAGGCUAUUGGUACUGAUAUAUAACAAAGCCAUAUAAUGCUUUUAAGAUUGCACACCACCCUAUGCCAUGAAGAUGUAAAGCUAGACUGCUAAAUGAAGGAUCAAUAGAUCUGAAAUCGGAUUCACAUCUCUUUACACAUGUUCUUGACGAAACAAUAGCAACUGCAGCAGGAAAAAAUCCAGCCCAAAUGUUGUAUCAAUCGUCAAGCCAUGAUCUCUCAAUUACUCGGAUAAGGUAGGCACCACGUUCUGCCCACACAUACGCUUUCAAGUCUCAACCGUGCGUGAUUUUUUUUCACCCUCAAUCACGCCAUGAGCCUUGGACGAAUCCUUAGAGCCGGAAGGGAGACGACGGUGAUAGAGGGGAUAGCGAGGGCAGAUGCAUCGUAAUCAGGAGUGCUGCUGAAUACAAUCGUCGCCGGCGACCUUGAAUAAUAUUUGCUCGGGAAAUUGACCCCCUCAGGUAUGUUUUUAUCAUCCACUCACUUUUCUUUCACAUCCCAUCUUCUUUAACAGAAACUCUAGCGCUUCUUUAGAUCUCUCCUCGAAUCAAUCUAUAGCUUUCAUAUUCAUGUGCUCCCCUCUCCGACCCAAUUGAAAAACUUUGAUUUGGGGGAUAUCUUAGGAUUUUACCCCUAGGUCCAGAUGAAGAUGGCAUGGUCUAUGGCUUUUGAGUGAUAAUUUUUCAGGACGGGCAAUUUGGAUGGGAUUCGGGUAGAAACUGGGAGCCAUGGAUGGGAUGAUUUUGGCCUACCUCUUGGAUGACGGUGACUCUGGCUGUGAACUUGAUGGCUUACCUUUGCUGCAUUAUUUUGGCUUACCUAUUGGAUGACAGGCAAAACUAAAUAUGAAUUGUCAAGCUUCUGAUAAGUCCAAAUCUCAACAGAAUAAAAAUGAAGACUGUUGGUGAAAAAAUGAACAUAGGCGGCUCACUUUGUUGCUCACAUGUUGGCAUGUUGCGAUGAUAAAUCUUUUGUAAUUGCCCAAAAGAAUAACUUCUUUGUGAUAAUUGAUAAAACACAAGGGUAAUCAUGUUGGUGUUUGGCAUGCAAGAUAUAUCAACAAGAAUGGAAGAUCUUGAAUUGCAAUGAUCAAAACCGUCUUUUUUAUCACACUUCAAAUGUUUAUUAAAAAAAAAUUCAAAUUUUGUAACUUUUGUUCAAUUUAAUUUUUGUAAUGUAAUAUUCAUAUGAGAAAAAAUGGAGCGCUGGCGCCGGCGGCCGAUCCCGUUUCACCGCCUCUCUCCGCCUCUCUCAAUGGAGAUUCCGUUUCUUGGAGAUUCCGCCUCUCUCAAUGGAGAUUCCGUUUCUUGGAGCGCUGGCGCCGACGGCCGAUUCCGCUUAAUAGAAGCAGCUGCGGACUGCCCAGAGCGCCGGCGGCCGAUCUGCUCAGAGCGCUGGCGCCGGCGGCCGAUCCUUCACCAUCGCGUGGUGGAACUGCCCGAUCUGGUCCCGGAAAAUCACUCCGAUGGAGGAUUGCUUCGAAUCCAGCGAUGUGGUGGUCGACGCCAGAACAGUAGAUCCGCCACGCUGUGGCGGUGGCCGGAGUUGUCGAAGGUUGACGCGCCGAUCUUGGUGCCAAGAACGUGGUGCAGAGUUUAUGGGCUUUUCUUCCCUACAAACUUCAAACUGGAUUACAUGGGAGAUGGAAAUAGAGCUCAAAUAUAUCACGAAAGACAGAGAUUACAAUUCUGCCUCCUACACACCCUCAAUAAUCUCUUUCAGGAGAAAGAUGCAUUUACCAGAGCUGAUCUGAACUCCAUUUCCGAAAGGCUGGGCCUUGAUGAUCCAAACAAGGGCAGUUGGUCCCCAAUCUCUGCCAUCUUCAAGUCUCACCACAACGCGAUCACAGGAAAUUAUGACAUAAAUGUUUUAGUUGCAGCACUUGAAGGGAAAGGGAAGAGUGUGGUUUGGCAUGACCGGCGAGUUGGGGCUGGUGCAAUUGACCUCGACGGUGAAAUGAUGGGUAUUAUAGUAAAUUUACCAGUCCGAAGGUUCGCUGGCCUAUGGAGAAGCAGGCAUUGGGUUGCGUUGAAAAGGAUCGAUGGGGUUUGGUACAAUUUGGACAGUGAUUUUUCUGCCCCUUGUGCCUUUAGGGACACAGAAGAGCUUAGGGAGUAUUUGGAUGGCAUAAUUUCUUCUGGUGCAGAAAUUUUACUGGUUACUUGAUGAGUGUGUGAAUCUUUUGUGCUUAGCACGGAACAAAACAUAACGGAAGCGUAUAAAAUCUUUUCCCCAAAUUAAUGAGAUGAACAACAAAGCACAAUAUACUCCAAAAAUCAGCACCACCACCACAAAUAGAUAGCAACGGAAAUAAGAUAAAGAACACACGAUUUACGUGGAAACCCCAAAUCGGGGAGAAAACCACGGCCGCUCAACAACGGCACCCAAACUUCCACUAAUCACCAAGAACCAAGUGGGUACAACAAGUUCUCCUCUCUAGUAAACACUAGAGGCAUACACAAUCAUCAAGGAGCAACCUUGGAACAACAACAAUCAACAAUUCAACAUAAAAUGGAGUAAAAACU